GACCCACUGGAGAGCAGGACUCGGUCCAACCCACUGCGCCAUCGCGCCCUCCAGCCAUCCAUGUAUUGUUUUUACAGAGGGAACUUCAGGUAUGGGCCACAGCAAAAGUGACACAGAUCCCUGUAAGAAGCGAUCGGUCCCCCUGGAGCAGGACACAGAGUGGAGAGUGCAACUGAAGCAGCGAGUAUGGCGUUUUUCUCAACGAGCACCUAGCUUGCGCUAGAGGACACAAAGUCCCUGUCCUUUGCUUUGGACAGACUUCUCAAACCACAGGGAAGCAAGGCCACUCCCUCGAUCUGCACCAACAGCUGGCUGUCGCCAUGGUUACCCAGGCUGCUGGCCAGCCGUGCCGACUGGGCACAACAGGGCGGUCAGUCAGCACAGAGCACAGAACUCACCUGGUACGCCCCGCUAGCAACAAAACAAGAGAUAAAAAUCAGGUCAGACGGGAUGUUCGGAGAUGGAGCAGGAGAGAGAGAGAGAGAGGCUAUGGAGCACUACCUGCCUCACCUUUGAUGGCUUAAUUACACAGUGGACGGAGGAAAGAAGGAAAACGACUCGCCGGCAGUUCAUUUUGAGUCCACGCAGAGCGCGCGCUCCAAAGCUCGGAGCGGCACGCAGGGGGGCGAUGCUGAGCACACGAUCACUGACAGACUCGACCGAAGCGAGAGCCGGGAGCCGAGCGCAGUGGCGGGUACGACGCUCCGAGAACUUAGGUCAUGGCAGAGAAAGAAGUGUUCCAGAUAGGCAUUCAACUGACGAGAGUGCCAUGGUGGGGCCUGCUUCUCCAGCCAUCUGGCUAAAACCCAUGACGUGAAUUUGCUAAGGGAUUGCUCAUAAGGCGUGAGCAAAAGCAAGACCUUCCUCUGCGUCCAGGCAACGCAUGUCCAGUCCAAUGUAUCCACACAGCAAAGGAGCUAUCAGGAACCUACACAGUCCGCUCUCAGCACUGUCCUCCACAGAUGGCUUGACCUUUAGCAGUUAGUGACCAACACCGUUCCACUGUCACCAGCGCUUUGCAGACCGUCCACUGAAUUCUCAUGUUCCAUUCCUUCAGAUCACUGUGCGUCAUGACACUGAGGAGCUGCCUGUGGAUUACAGCUGUUCUGCUCAUUGACGUUUGUUGCAGUGACUCUUCAUCAUGUUCCUGUCCGCCUACCACUGACUUCUGUCUUCAGAAUCAAAGUAAUAUCUGGGUCAUUAAAGAUAAUUAUACAGGAGUCAUUUGGCUCAACCAAAGCUCUGGCGACUAUACAAGCAAGAUGUGUAUAAUUGCAACAAACAACACAGUAAAUAACAACAGCUCAUUUUUGGUGACGGAGACCAGUACGAUGCAUACUUUACGCCUGAAAAAAAUAUAUGCUUCCAGGCCUGACUUAGAGCUGACUAUUUUUAAAGGACUGAACUGCUCUUCUUUCCCGUCAUUAGCGGUGAUGGGCACAGCAGGGACCUGCCAGAACACCUCAGUGAAACCGAGGUCCAUUUGUAACGGCAACGUACAGUUUGAUUCAUUUUCUUGCCGUGAUCAGCCUAAUGACACGUUCAUCGUCAACAUAACAUAUGAAGGGAAAAAUGCAUCAUGCAUCACAUGUGACCCCGCAGGACUUCCAUCGACAACUGUUGAACAACCACCACUUAGCAGUAACUGUAGUGUCAUAAAUUCAACAGCUGCUAAGGAAGCAAUGGACAAUCUCAGCGAUAUUGUGUCAAAAAUGGAGAAUGAAUCCACUGUAGCUGUUUCCAUGGGAGAGGUCAAGGGGAUCCUUUCGGUGAUUUCCAAAGAUGAGCAAAAUGCAAAGUUUGUUCUCACCUCCAAAAACAGCUUUGGAAAACCGGGAAAGGGAGCUGAUACAAACAAUGACUUUUCUGCAUCUUUUAUCAUCCCAAAUGAUGCCUUAAAACUGGCAAGGCAGGCAAUGAAUGUGGUUUACGUUGGAGUGUUUCAUUUCCCAAGCUUUACACCAGAUGAAAAGAAUAGCACACUUUUAAACAAUGAAGUUAUUGCUAUUGAAAUGGGAGUACGUAUAAAAAAUCUCUUAAAUCCCAUACAACUUCAGUUCACAAAUGUUAAUGUGGGGACUCAAACUGCCCACUGUUCAUCUUGGGACAGUCAAGGGAACAGUCCAGUCUGGACAACAGACGGCUGUGAAACCACAACUAACAAUGGAACCAUAACAUGUUGCUGCAAUCACUUGACCUUCUUUGCUAUUCUAAUGACUACGGAGGACAAGCUAAUUCUGUCCAGCAAAGACCUGCAGUCUCUUACGUACAUCACGUACAUCGGCUGUGGGAUGUCCAUGUUCUUCCUGGGCGUUGCUCUCUUCAUGCAUUUCUUACUGAGGAGAACAAAAGCCAGCAAGUCAACCAGGAUCCUGAUAAACCUGUUCCUUGCCAUGUUCUUGCUGAAUCUCACCUUCCUGUCGAAUGAGUGGGUGGCUAAUAUAAAAAACAACUUUUCAUGCAUUUUCAUUGCUAUGGCAACACAUUACUUCAUGCUGUCCACGAUCACGUGGUUCGCAAUAGAGGCGUUCCAGCUAUACUUACAGCUGAUCAAAGUGUUCAACAUUGACAUCCGCCACUACAUGGCAAUUAUCCUCAUCACUGGAUGGGCAAUGCCUUUUGUGGCUCCUCUUGGGAUUGUUAUAUCGGGAAACUAUGGCAACCUCACCAUAUAUGCCAAUGGGACUACAGCGCAUAUGUGCUGGAUCAGAAACAAUACUGUUGAAUACAUUGUGAAUAUCGGCUACUACGCAGUGGUGUUCCUAUUCACCUCCAUCAUUUUCAUCGCGGUGCUAAAGAGAAUAGUUUAUCUGAAGAGCGCUAAAGUGGGCAGCCCCUCACAGCGCUCCAUCACAAAGGAGCUGUUCACUGUGUUAGGUUUGUGUGCCCUUCUAGGGAUCACCUGGGGGUUUGCAUUCUUCAGCUAUGGGCCCCUCCGCAUACCAUCCUACUACAUUUUCACCAUUCUCAACUCGUUCCAAGGCUUCUUCCUUUUCCUGUACUAUUACAACACAGCCAAAGUAAUUGGAGAUAAACCCAACCUCGCUACCACGACUUCAACUAGCAGGAGCGCUUCUCAGAAUACCAUGCAUCAAACCAAAUCAAACCUCGGGUGAUCUGUAGAGUCAGAGAUGGCCGAAUCUGUGAGGUCAUUAUUAGCUGGACACUUUCUCAGGAACCAGUCAGGACACAUCAUGGCACACAUUCACAAAUGGGCAAACAGUUAUGGUAGAUUAACACUGCAAGUUGCUUUGAGAAAAACCAUCAGCUAAAUAAAUAAAUGUAAAGCAUAGGUUCUUAUUACCUGAAAUGCCUUCUAUUCAAGGCAUAACAACCUGCUCAUUAAGAAAUAUCAGAAUGCAAAAAGUUAUAUAUGUUUUCAUGUUGUUUUACUUACUCUUGAAAACUUAGCCCAAGAAUUUAAAAGUAGAAUAGAAACUCUAAAAUUUAAAGAAUGUAACUGUAGAGUCUUAGCUUGGCCACAAGGGGGAGAUAGAGCCCUUUCACGCACAAACCUGGAAUGAUCACGUGAUUAUGACUUAAAGCACAGAUUCAUGAAACCAAAUCACUUUGGCCUUCACUGGGAGAUGUAAAUAGUCUUGAUUUUCAA